AUGCCUUCCGCAACCGGCUCAAACUGGGAAAAGUACCAGAAGACCUUUGCCGACGAUGAGGUAGAAGAGAAGAAGAUCACACCUCUAACAGACGAGGAUAUCCAGGUCCUCAAGACCUACGGUGCCGCGCCCUACGGAACAUCUAUCAAGAAGCUUGAGAAACAGAUUAAGGAGAAGCAACAAAGUGUGGACGAGAAGAUUGGAGUCAAGGAAUCCGACACAGGGCUCGCGCCACCCCAUCUAUGGGAUGUCGCCGCUGAUCGUCAACGAAUGUCUGAAGAACAGCCUUUCCAGGUGGCACGCUGUACAAAGAUCAUCGCUGAUGAGAAGGGUGAUGAGUCCAAGAGCAAAUAUGUGAUUAACGUUAAGCAAAUCGCCAAGUUCGUCGUUCAACUUGGAGAGCGGGUCAGUCCUACCGAUAUCGAGGAGGGCAUGCGAGUCGGUGUCGACAGGAACAAGUACCAGAUCAUGCUUCCCCUGCCACCUAAGAUCGAUGCGAGCGUUACGAUGAUGACCGUGGAGGAAAAGCCUGAUGUCACAUAUGGAGACGUUGGUGGUUGCAAAGAGCAGGUCGAGAAGCUGCGAGAAGUCGUGGAGAUGCCACUGUUGUCCCCCGAACGUUUCGUGAACCUCGGUAUCGAUCCUCCCAAGGGUGCGUUGCUUUAUGGCCCUCCUGGAACUGGAAAGACCCUCUGCGCUCGAGCUGUCGCCAACAGAACGGACGCGACAUUUAUCCGAGUCAUUGGUAGCGAGCUGGUGCAGAAGUAUGUCGGUGAAGGUGCUAGAAUGGUCAGAGAGCUGUUCGAAAUGGCACGAACCAAGAAGGCAUGCAUUAUCUUCUUCGAUGAAAUUGACGCUAUCGGUGGUGCUCGAUUUGAUGAUGGUGCUGGUGGAGACAACGAAGUCCAGCGAACUAUGCUGGAGCUGAUCACGCAGCUCGACGGUUUCGAUGCCCGAGGAAAUAUCAAGGUUAUGUUCGCCACCAACAGACCAUCGACGUUGGAUCCUGCGCUUAUGCGACCUGGACGUAUUGAUCGAAAGAUUGAGUUCUCACUGCCCGAUCUCGAGGGCCGUGCCAACAUUCUCCGCAUCCACGCCAAGUCUAUGUCCGUUGAACGGGAUAUCCGUUGGGAGCUCAUCUCUCGUCUCUGUCCCAACGCAACAGGUGCUGAGCUGCGCAGUGUGUGCACUGAGGCCGGCAUGUACGCCAUCCGCGCAAGGAGAAAGGUUGCCUCAGAGAAGGACUUCCUCAGUGCGGUAGACAAGGUCAUCAAGGGCAACCUCAAGUUCAACUCCACAGCCACUUACAUGCAGUACAACUAG